UUUGGGGCAGCAAGUAUAACUGUACCAUCUCACAAGAAUAGAUAUUUGCAAUGUUUUCAACACAUCGUCAGUUGGAAAAGCGAACGGCCUUAUUUUAGGCUCGAUUAUCUUCAACAAUUAGUUAAUGAAUAUCAGGACACAAAGGAUCAAGAAGCCAAGUAUCAGGUUCUUGCUAAUUUGGUCAAUUUCGCUUAUGACCCCAUAAAUUAUAAUUGGCUUUGGCAAUUAAAUGUUGUCGAUUUGUUUCUUGACGCUCUGACAGAAUCAGAUGAAAAGUUGAAGGAAUUCGGUUUAGGAGGAUUGUGUAAUUUGUGUUUAGGUCUUGUUCAGAAAAGAAAUAAAGAAUAUAUAAUAAAUAAUGAGGGUGUUCCGUUAAUAAUUCAAUGUUUAUAUGAUAAAAAUGAGGAGAUAAUACUUUCUUCGAUCACAACCCUGAUGUUUCUUUUAACAGAUAGUGAUGAAAAUGAAGAUAUUUUGUCCGAAUCUGUUAAAAAACGCCUAGAACACUUGGCCCAAUUUGAAAAUAAACGUUUAAAGAAUUUGGUAACAAUAUUUUUACAGGACUACUUUUCAAAAGCCUAA